GACACUUUAUAAAAGCAUGGGAGGGUUCCUGGGAGGGAAAACAGCUGCCUUGGAUUUACAGUGAGGGACAAAAAAGAUGGAUUGCAAAAGCACUACCGAGCUCACCGUGCCUGCUCAGCCACCUGUUUACAGCUUCAUGCCCAAAGCGAGCACAACCCAACAGAGAAUCAUGCUUGCCUCAGUGAUGGUCAUUCUCCUGGGCUUCUUCAUAGUUGCCGGCACUUUGGUGGGAGUUUACCUGACCCACAAACACACAGAAAAGGUCCUUGACAUGGUCAUCCAGGGAAACAAGGGGGAAGAGGAAGAGCAGACGGCCAUGGUAAAUGAACGGGAGAACGUGGCCGCUUUCCACAUCAGAAGAAAGAAAUCCACAGCCACAGUUGUGUACAACUAUAACCAAGGUCUAAUAGGUCUCAGAAUCACCAACAGUAAAAAAUGUUUCGUGAUGAAGAUAGAUAAACUCAACAUACCAAGCUUGGAUGAAAUUUCCAGAGAUCUGCCAAAUUUUAACGCCAAACAGGUCUCUGGAGACAAAAUGUCUUACAGCUUCACAGAGGCGGAACCGGCUGACCGCACUACACUGGGAACAACUCUGAAUAUUCUCUGCAGCGACAUCCCCAUCUACUGGGCUCUGCCUCGCAAGAUCCAAGGAAACCGCAGCAGUUCUGCUCCUCUUGGCUCCCCAUGGUGUUUCUUUAGCUCUUUCUGUUUCUGCUUUUGAUCUGAAAUCUCAAGUUAUUGUGUGAAUUAUGCCUACUCGUCAGCACAGACCGCAGAGUCUUGGAUGAGGCAAGCAUCAGAAUAAAAACAAUUUUUAUAACUUUGUGUACUGGGUAAUACAU